ACCUCAAAACAAAAAAAACUUCUGAAGAGUCUAGCAGUAAUAUUAAUUAUAACUGUGUGAUUAACAGCCAUGGCUUUCAAAGGCUGUAUUGGAGUUGUCACAUUUUAUCCACAGAGUCUGGUCUGUCUGUCUGUCAGCAGAGAGAUGCCGCCCAAGGGAAAAGGUCCACAAGGGAAAAGGAUCACCUUGAAAGUGGCCAAAAAUGCAGUCCGUGUAGCUUUUAAUGGAAGGCGCCGUCUUGACUUAAGCAAAAUGGGCAUUGCCACCUUCCCCAAGUGCAUUCUGGAGCUGGCUGACGUGGAGGAACUUGAUUUGAGCAGAAACAUGUUAAAAAAGAUUCCAAACAUCAUUGAGAAGUUCCAGAAUCUGAUGUGGCUGGACCUGCAUAGUAAUCAGCUUGAUGAGCUGCCUGCAGCAAUAGGCACACUUCACAACCUUACUUACCUGAAUUUAUGCAACAACAAGUUGAAAGCUCUACCAGAAGAGUUGACCCUGCUCAGGAACCUGCGUAUUCUCAACCUUGGCUUGAACCGUCUUGAGACUAUUCCCACCACUCUUGGGACUCUAAGGGAACUUACUGAGCUAGGUCUCUUUGACAACGCCUUGACCAUCAUCCCGAAGAGUGUGAAAAAACUCCCCAAGCUUGAGAAACUGAAUGUAAAAAGAAACCCUUUACCAGAAUUUGCAGAGGAAGAAGAGCCGAUUGACAUCGUUAAACGCAUAGAAUCGCUUUACUUAGUAGAAAAGAAAGACCUGUGCAGCUCCUGCCUGCAGACAUGUCAGGGUGAGAGGGACGAGCUGCACAAGUUAGAGGACAUGACACCCGGCUCCUCAAAUAAGCCAAGUUUCCCUUCACUCGUUACACCCAAUUCCUCUGCAAGGGAUAACCAAGAAGAAUGGAGAAUGAAAGACGCCAAUCCUUGAAAUAUACCAAGGCACUCAACAGACUGUGUUCCAUGAAGCCCAGCCCAAGCAAAUAAAAAGCUUACCUCUCUACUCUUCCAUUUUCCUGCAGUUCUGCUUCUUUAAAGAUCGACUUCAUUUUAGAAGCAGACCUCUAUGGUCUCUAAAAUGAAAACCAGAACAACUAAACUAUGUGUAUAUUUGGAAAAGACUAUUUCCAUCUGGGCCUGUCCCUACAACAUGUUCUCCAGGUUUCGGCUUUUUGGGGUCUUUUGCAUGUGCAAUGUCCAGUGAAGGGAUCUUU